UAUUAACAAUGGCCAUAGCAUUUCUUUUUCUCCCAACCGUUGUUUUUAUAAUUUAUAUAGAAUUUCUUACAUGUCAGAAUAUUCCAUCUGGUGAUGUUGAUUGUUACAAGAAAUUGGGUGUAGCAAUCAAUAAUAAUUGGGUAGUAGCUUCAGACGGCAACGGUUUCGACGCCCGAGUAGAUUCAAAUGUAUCUUGGACAAGUAAAUUACCUCUAUGUAAAGGAGAGAAUAUUGCAGAAGAAAGCUGUUCCUGGAUAAUUGUUGACUUUCAAAGGUCUACAGUUGUUACUGCAGUACAAACAGCGGGCAACGGUAAUGGGUCAUUUAUUACUGCUUACAAAGUGGGCUUUAGCAGUGAUUGUGAGGAUUUUCAGUUUGCUGGUGAUGAUGAAGGAAACACAAUAGUUUUCCCUGGUAAUGCCAAAAGCGACGAGAUGUUGACAAAUGUCCUUGAGGAGGUUGUUGUUGCUAGAUGCAUACAAAUAGUACCUACAGGUUAUAUAGGAAGUCCCUCUUUAAGAUUUGAACUACUCGGAUGCGACACCAAUCUAUGCUCUGAAUCGCCUAUCAAUCAUGUGAAAGAAGCUGGAAAAAUGCAGCAUUCUCCAACUGAUUUUCGGUCUGGUUAUGCCCAAUUUGAUUUUGAAGCGGAACAAAUACUCUUUGCUGUUGUUUUCCAUGUUCAACCUAAUGACGAGAAUAAAAGGUUUAAAGAUGACAGAAAGUAUGUUUUGGCAUAUAGCCGUAAUUGUCGUAAUUGGGAGCCUGUUAGGGAGCAAAGGAGAUAUGGAGAUGCUCUAGAGAUGUCUACUUCGUCUAAAUCGUUUUAUACAAUAUGGAAAAGAUUUCCAUAUCCGUUUAGAGCCCAAUGUGCCCGUUUUAUACCUGUGGAUCACCAUUUAAAAGAUCAUGGAGUUCCGGAAGGUGCAAGAUUUAUUGGUUGUGGCACCGGAAAGGCUAUUCGAGGACUCUGUGGGAGGCGGAAAAGUAUUACGUCUGAUUUCUGGCCGUGGUUAAUUCGUAUUAGCAAUAAAGCAGAAACUUAUCAUUGUACAGGUUUCCUUAUCAGUUCAAAUUCACUCGUUUCUACAUCGGAUUGUUUGCGCAAUCUGUUCCAAAUAAUUCAAAAUUCGAACGAUAGUUCAGUACCAAAUGAACAAGUUAUAUUGAGGAUUGGAACGAAUGAUAAAACUUGUGUAAGAGCUUUAAUAAGUGAUUAUAAAAUGAAAGAUGGAAUUGUAAUUAUCCGACUUAAAAAUAACGUUCCGUUUACUGACCAUGUGAACAAAAUAUGCCUUUGGAACGCAACAAAUUUGAAUUUGGAAGAGUGUGAAUCCUUAAUAAUGUUGGGUAUUAAUUCCGACGGAAGAACUGAAAAUCAUAAAAUAGACCCAAAACAAUUAUUACUGAAUUCGACAUAUUGUGAGGAACCCUUUGCGAAUGUUACUAAUUCUACAAAAGAUUCGGCUUGCCUUAGUCUCCUAACGAAUCUCGACAGAAACGGCAAGAACUGUAGCAUUCUAAGUGCAAACGGAGCUGGUUUAUUGUGCGCGAAGAAAGACAUUUCAUUUUUAGCAGGGUUUGCUUUACGAUCAUUUAAUUGCCUUGAUUUCACAAACAACUAUCUAAUUAAGGAAUUAGGUUUGAAUUACGACUGGAUCUUGGAACUUCUAGGGAAAGAUAGACUUUAGAAGGAAAAAUAUAGUCUCUGUUAAGUUCGAUAGAUUCUUUUUUUUGUAUGUAUAAGGGAUACAUGAUACGAUAUAUUACAUGUUGACCUACAGAGCAUAAAUAGAUAAGAUUAUCCUAUAUAUAUUUUAGAAAUAUAGAUCCUCUUUGAUCUGACAGAUUAUGUAAAAAGUUUUACAUACAGAUA